CCUUGUUUAUUUUGUGGAUUGACGGCAAAGAAACGACAAGUUACGCUAAUUAAUCAAACCGUUUCUAUUUUUCAUCUUCUUCUUUUCAUGUUUAGUUUGCUUUUAUCUUCCAAGUACCCAACAUUUAAGAAGAUGGGAAUGUCAUCCAUAAUAACCCCAGAAGAUGUGUUGGAGUCAUUGAUGAAUGAUGGAACCAUUGAUGCUCUCAGGUUGAAGAUUAUCAAUCAGCUUCAGGCCAAUGAGGAGCUGAAGAAUACGGCAAUCAAAAUGGCAGAGCAGAGUAAGGUCCUAAACACCCCCGGGGCUGAGAAACAGACUAAAAGAGAAUUGUUUGAUGCACUUAGGCAGGACCUUGAAACCCCAGUGCUGGAGAGGGCCUCAAAAUCAGUUUGGGAGUUGAUUUUGGACAGCAAUGGGCUAGGGAAGGACAUAAGUGAAACAGUGGAAAGAGUCUUUUGUAAAUUAAGUGGUGGGGAGCCUCCACUAUUUCCUAAUUCAAAUGAUGAGCGUCAAACUGAAAAAGAAGUUGAGGACAAGAAAAGAAAAGGGAAAGAAAAGGAGAAUUCAAACUCUAAAUCAAAGAAACGAAGUUUCAUUGACAUGAAUGCUGAGGGAAGUGCCACUGACAUUGCUGGCAAAUCUAGUGAUACUUCAGCUGCACCUGAUGAUGCUACUUAAUUUCCCAUGGCUAUUGUGAAGAUAUGUUCUUGUGUCAACAGAGGCCAUUGUUGCAAACCUGGUGAACUUUUGACUGGAAAAAAGAAUUCUCCAUUCAAUUCUUUCCACUUGGUAGAACAAUACCACAGUGUUGGCGUUGCCUAGAACAGAACAGAAGUGAAUAUGUUUAUUGAACUAUGGAGUUCUCAUGACCACAAGUUGUAUCGUCGUGAGGUUUAUAUACCAUAGUUAAUUAUGUGAAUAGUUUGAGGGCUGCUGACUUCUUAAGUUGCAUUUUCUUAUAUACUCGCAGGCCUAUUUCUUCUGACUUUGCUAAUUUGCAAAGUAGAUGAAACCAUGCUUGUUUUUGAGUAUCUUCCAGUUUCUGACUUCUGCACAACAGAAAUCCCCUUUAGAUUUUUUUAUUUUUUUUUAUUUUAUGGUAUGAGUUGAUACUUUGAGAAUGUUACGGAAACAUGUGUUUCCUUUUCAUGUGCCUUGAAACUCCUGACUUCU